AUGUCAGCAGGAAAACGACUUAGUCCUAAUGACCCAGGAUCUUAUUCUUUACCUGAAAAAGUUGCUGUAACUCAUAUUGAUAUAGAACUUGCUGCUGAUUUUAAAAAUGAAAAACUUAAAGGAUUUGUUGAUUUGAGCAUAAUUAAAAUUGAUGAGAGCUGUGAUCAUAUUAUUUUGGACAAUAUUGAUUUGAAUGUGUCAAGUAUUGAAAACAAAGAUGAUAAAACAUUGUUAGAUUACAGUAUAGGUGAUCGCUUAGAAGUGUUUGGUUCCAAACUAGAAAUAAAAAUACCAUCUAAAAAAAAGAGUAUCAUACGAAUUACUUAUGAAACAUCUAAAACUGCCUCAGCUUUACAGUGGCUUACACCUGAGCAAACUCUGGGCAAAGUCCAUCCAUAUUUGUUUAGCCAAUGUCAACCUGCUCAUGCUCGUUCCAUGCUACCCUGUCAAGAUACUCCAUCAACAAAAUUUACAUACUCGGCAAAAAUUACAGCUCCUAAACCAUUAACAGCAUUAAUGAGCGCAGUCCCGUUAGAUGUAAUUGACCAUGGAGAAACACGCACAUUCUUAUUCCAACAAACUGUUCCUGUGCAAUCAUAUUUAAUUGCCCUAGCUAUUGGUAAUCUAGUCAGUAAAACUUUAAGUCCUAUAUCAAAAGUUUGGUCUGAACCUGAAGAAAUUGACAAAGCUGCAUAUGAAUUUGAACAAACACCUGAACUAUUAAAAACUGCUGAAAAUGUGUGCGGUCCAUAUGUUUGGAAAAUUUAUGACUUACUUGUUAUGCCACCUUCAUUUCCCUUUGGUGGUAUGGAAAAUCCGUGUUUGACUUUUGUCACUCCCACAUUAUUGGCUGGAGAUAGAAGUCUCGUAAAUGUAGUGGCUCAUGAAAUAGCACAUAGUUGGACUGGCAAUUUGGUGACCAAUCGCAAUUUUGAACAUUUUUGGAUGAAUGAAGGAUUUACAGUUUAUGUGGAACGCAGAAUAAAUGGGUUAUUGAAUGGCGAGAGUUCUAGAGAAUUUGCUGCACUAGGUGGUCUUGAAGAUCUCAAACAAUCUGUUGAUAAUUUAGGUGCGGAAAAUCCUUUAACCAAGUUAGUAGUCGAUUUAAGUGGUAUUGAUCCAGAUGACGCAUUUUCUACUUGUCCUUAUGAAAAAGGUCACACAUUCUUGUUCUACUUAGAAAAACUGUUAGGAGCUGCUAAAUUUCAAAUAUUUUUCAAAUCUUAUAUUGAUAAAUUCAAGUAUAAGUCUGUUGAUACUGAAGAUUUUAAAUCAUAUUUGCUAUCCUAUUUCCAAGAAGACAGUGCCAUCUCGAAAAUUGAUUGGGACUUAUGGCUGUAUACUUGUGGCAUGCCUCCAAUAAUACCUUCGUAUGAUACAAGUAAUCAAGAUGCAUGCACCUCUUUGUUAAACCGCUGGGAACAGUGGAAUGGUUCUGGUGACAAUUUUAAGAAGUCUGACUUGGAUACAUUUCAAACAGCACAAGUUAUACAAUUCUUAGCAUUGGUUUUAAAAUCAAAUAAUUUUACUUUGUUCAAAAUAAAAGCUAUGCAAGAGGUUUAUGAUUACAACAGUAAUGGAAACCGUGAAAUUGUAUUUAGGUGGCUUAGAACAUGUGUGAAAGUCAAGUGGAUCGAACAAUUAGAACUCGUAUUUAAAUUUAUCAACACCACUGGAAGAAUGAAAUAUGUCCGUCCUAUAUAUAGGGACCUUUACUCUUGGGAAGAAGCACGGACAGAAACAAUAAACAAUUUUGAAAAUAAUAAAAUGCGUAUGAUGUAUGUUUGCCGUCAUACUGUGGCUAAAGAUCUACACUUAAGAGAAUAA